AAAUAAAGAUGCAGAAUUAUGCACUGUUAGGGAUAACACUUGUAUUAGUUGUUGUUUAUAUGUUAAUGACAACUAUUGAAAAGACUACCUCAUAUUUUGGAAAAAGAUCCUCACUUAAUUAAAUUGAAGAUAAAUAUGAAUCACUUAGAAAACAGAGGAGAGAAAUGCUAGUAACAAAUUAUCCUCAUUUUAGUAACACUAUUAUUGGGCUUAAUCAAAUAAUGAGAGAGAAAAGGAGAAAAAUCUUGAAACUUAAAUCUUUAAGAUUGAUGAUGAAUUAGAAGAGCUGAAAAAUGACUUUGAAUCACUUAAAGCUGGCAAGAAAGUUCCUUUGAAGAAAAUAUGAUUUAAAUACAUUCAUUAAUCAGAC